AACAUCUUUUCAAUUGAUCAGUGAAUUUAUAAGAAAAAUGUGACAAACUCAGUUUUUUCUUAUUAUAUCCAUCUAAAUCAAUUAAAUGACUGCAAGGGUUGUUUUAGGUGCCAACUGCACCCCACCUGCCAUAGAUGAAUUUCCCAUAGACCUGUUUUCAGAAGCUCAGUUGAAACAUGGGGCAAUAGCAAUUCAUAUUUUUGUUACAGUGUACAUUUUCACAGCCAUAGCUAUUAUUUGUGAUGGAUAUUUUGUACCAGUCGUUGAGAAAAUAUGCCACAUAUUCAAAAUUCCUUCGGAUAUUGGAGGAGCAACCUUUAUGGCUUUUGCAACCGCAUCUCCAGAACUCUUCGUUAAUAUAGUUGGGACUUUUGUAACUGAAGGGGACAUUGGACUUGGUACUAUUUUAGGAUCAGCUGUUUUCAAUAUAUUGGGAGUUACAGCUGUUUCUGGACUCACCCUCGGAUUGACUGGAAUGAAAUCUAACUUAAAUUGGUGGGCUCUGAGUCGAGAUUCAUUGAUAUAUGGAAUUUCAGUGUGUCUUCUAAUAGGAUUUUUGAAUAAUGAACGCAUAGAAUGGUAUGAAGCUCUUACAUUGAUUCUGGUUUAUGCUUUAUACAUAGUGUUCUUGAUAUUCGAUCAGCAUAUCUAUAGAUUCGUAAAAGCAAAAUGCUCACCAAAAGAGUCAAAUUUAUCAAUAAAAUCACCAAACUCUUCAGAAAGCAUGGAAACCUCUAAAGAAUCUUCAGACAUCAAAAUUCCCAGUUCACUCGAAACUAUUGAAAAUGGCAAACAGAAAAUUGUAGAUACUUCAAAAGAAACUGCCAUUAGUGAAGAAUCAGAAGAUUUGUCGUUAUGGAAGUGGCCCGGCGACCAUAAUCGAUUUACAAAGACGAAAUGGUUAUUAAUCUGGCCAAUAAAUUUUUUAUUCGCCAUUACAGUUCCCAAUUGUGAAAAGAUUAAAUCGAAUAAAUGGAUCCCGUUAGCAUUUUUUAUGUGUAUUGUGUGGAUUGGAGUUUUGUCGUAUGUUUUAUCUUGGAUGAUAACUGUUAUAGGUGAUACUUUUCAAAUUCCGGACUCUGUAAUGGGUAUAUCAUUUCUAGCUAUUGGAGCUGGAGUGCCUGAAGCAGCGUCUAGCUUCGUUGUAGUAAGAAAAGGUAAAGGUGCGAUGGGCAUCAGUAAUUGUCUCGGAUCCAGUACUCUAGAUAUUCUUCUUUGUUUAGGAGUUCCUUGGCUAUUGAAAUCUACCAUAGUAUCUACAAACAAAUGGGUCAACAUAAAUUCUUCGGGUCUUCAGUUCACAACAAUAACACUGAUUAUUACAUUAUUGGCUUUUUACUUGGCUUUAAUGGUGAAUAAAUUCAAACUGGACAAAUGGGUGGGAUUGUAUUGUUUGAUUGUUUAUUUAAUAUUUGUAGUAGUAGCAAGCUUGAUCGAACUUAACGUUUUCAUGGAAGUUAAUUUGCCAACAUGUGGAAGGUGACCAGUUUAAGAUCAAAAAUUAGAUAGUAUUAGAAAUUUGUAAAAAAUGUGUAUCCAUAUUCAAGUUAACCUUUUUUAUAUUCAGUUGAAAUAUCAGCUACCCUAUGUGUGAGAUUCAUCCAUGAGAAUCAGUAGUAGUAGCUUAUAUUUUCAACGAAUAUAAAGAGGUAAAUCUUGAUAAAUUUAACUGAUCUAUUGUUAUAAUAAAUAUAUGAUCUGCUGUUUCGUUUUAUUCCACAAAUAACAAUUUGUGGACAGUAAACAACGGAUAUAAAUUCAUUUAGGACGAACCUUCAAUCUCCAUAUAUAAUGUCAAUAAUCAACUUAUCAGAUUCAUCCAUAUAAUUAAGUAUGGUUUAUCUGACAAAUAAGUGACUCGCAAUUUAUAUGAAGAUUAAAAGUUCUACCUUUCUUAUCAUUUUAUGUUUAUCAAUAAAUGUAUGAUCUGC